CACACCCUGGUGCCUUGGUCUACAUAUUCCCUGCCGUCUCUCAUCAGUGGCUCGCCCUUACAAAAGCACACGCCGCGAAACUUCUGCACUCCCUGGUAGCACGAGAGGGGACCAUUGAAAGCAACAGGAGGCGUUGCACUGCACUGGUGCGCGAGGGCUGUAACUCGCGAGAGGCAGAGGCUGUAAAACUCCGUGCCUUAAACUCCGGUGUAUUCCUUGUACUAUCGUACGGAGGCUCCCAUCGUUCUUCACGCUUGGCGGUGAAAAAAAAACACUUCAGAAGAUGUGGAGUGCUUCAAUAGGGCCGGUGACGGUCACCAUCGGGACCAUCUGCAUCGCAGCUGUCGCGAUUAUGUUCUUCUGCUGUUUGUGCUGCCUCCUCAGCCCGACGUACAGGAGUGUGAGGGCAGGGAAAUCGGUUCCUUACGGCGGGCAGAAGUUCGACCCGACCGCAGAGGGGACCAUCUGGCCAAGCAAGCGAGGACAAAGGCCGAAAAUCGAUAUCCCUUCUGCUGUGUGACAGCUAUCUCUCUUUGAAGCAGUCUUUGUGCGUGCCUCCGUGUCAGCUUGGAUUUUCUCUCAAAGAGAGAUUUUACAACAUCUCUACGGUAGUGGAUAUUGCGCUGCAGGGCAGGACGGAUCGCGUGUUUCGUUUUUAGAGAGUAACGUAAUCAUGUGUUUCUUGUUGUGCGGUGGUCGUGGUGCAUGCCGUACUGCUAAAUACGUGCACCCAUGUAAUCCUUAUAUUUCGUAUUGUAGUACUCUAGCUCAUCGGUCCGAGAAGGCACCGAUGCAAGAAGUUCUGUGUUUGUAUUUUAUGUUUGCCAAGAAACAUGAACAAGUUUUACUGAGCACCGCCGCGUGACCAGUUGUUCGAUGUUGUAGGUGUUCUGAGUUGCCGUAGUGCACGUAAACCCCGACUUUUGAAAUCCGGACAAGUAUUGCCGAAGUUUGUUUAGUGUGUGCUCGUCGAUUGUCCAGGGUUCAUUCAAACGUUGGGACAAAACAGUAGUUGAUCGUGUUGCACAGAGUUGUGGUUGAACGCACAUAUUGUGUUGAGCGAAACGGCCUUAUUUUUUAUUGGUAAGUAACGGUAGAGGACUCAGCGUUUGGUUGCAUUCACGUGCGGCCAGACUUGGGCAUGUCUUGGCUUUACCGCCUGGUGAUUAGCCGGUAGAUAUCCCUGUUGCUGCGUUCGGGUACCCUUUCCCAUUUGGACUACAGUAGACUAGAUGUGUCCUGGUGGGUUCUGUAAAAGCGAUGGCACGCUGACUCUUGAUGGAUUUUGUGUAGCGUAUAUACGUGGCCAUCGCUGUAGCUCCAACGGCAAUAUGCGUAUUGUCUUGUGUUGGGUUCCUUGUCGUGCGGUCUUUUUAUUUCCCCAAGCAGGGCCCAGCGCGGGUGGUUUCUGUUGUUUGUGUUGGCCCACUUUGGCGACCGAUGUGUCUCUAUGUGUGCUCCGUUGACUACUUGUUCUCUGUGUUGCCUCAAUCACAAGCUUCGACCGCUGUGCGUGUGGGCUAGAACCGCCGAGAAUGCGUUGUUGGGGAGGUGGGCAAGUCGUACCGUGCCUCGGAUGUCGUUGAGACAAAAGCAUGGCCUGAGGGGCUGACUUGCCUCAGCCCAAUGACGCCUGAACAAACUUGGUUGCUAUGUUGCACCC